UAGGCUACAUACGCAUUUUUAUACACACACUCAAAGCCGUUCAAACCGCACUUGCAGGCUUUAUUUUCCUGCCUGCCCGCCUCCGCUGCUUUGCUUGAACGCAACAGGCUGCAGCGUCGAUGUGAUGACUGUACGCUGAAAAGCCGCACCACCUGUAACUGCAGCCUCCCCACCUUCUCCUUCAUCCUCCGGACUCCCCAUGCCGACACCGAGGAUGAAGAAGCAGAACGUCCGGACCCUCUCGCUCAUCCUCUGCAUGUUCUCCUACCUGCUGGUCGGCGCCGCGGUGUUUGACGCGCUGGAGUCCGAGUCGGAGAACUCCCGCAGGCGCAUCUUGGAGCAGAAGCGCAGUGAGAUGAAGAGGAAGUACCGCUUCUCCGAGGACGAUUACCGCGAAAUCGAGCGAGUGGUGCUGCAAGCGGAGCCCCACCGCGCCGGCAGGCAGUGGAAAUUUGCUGGCUCCUUUUAUUUUGCCAUUACGGUCAUCACGACCAUAGGGUAUGGACACGCUGCACCAGGAACAGAUGCAGGAAAAGUCUUCUGCAUGUUCUACGCUGUUCUCGGCAUUCCACUCACUCUUGUGAUGUUCCAGAGCCUUGGAGAGAGAAUGAACACGUUCGUCCGCUACCUCCUCCACAAAAUGAAGCAGUGCCUGGGUUUCAGACGCACUGAGGUGUCCAUGGAGAACAUGGUGCUGGUGGGCUUCUUGUCCUGCAUUGGAACGCUGUGUGUGGGAGCCGCAGCCUUUUCCCACUUUGAGGGAUGGAGCUUUUUCCAUGCGUAUUACUACUGCUUCAUUACUCUCACCACUAUUGGCUUUGGAGACUUUGUGGCCCUGCAGAAGAAGGAGGACCUCCAGGAGAAAACGCCUUACGUCGCCUUCAGCUUCAUGUACAUUCUGGUGGGGCUGACGGUAAUUGGAGCUUUUCUCAAUUUGGUGGUCCUGCGUUUCCUCACCAUGAACACCGAGGAUGAAAGACGGGAUGCUCAGGAGAGAGCUUCACUCAAGAGAGGCAAGGGUCUUUUAGAGGGGCCCACUGGCCUCCAUGUUGUUGGUGAACAGAGGGAGAGGACCAGCAGGGACAGCAUGGCGCACGGCCGCAGCCACAGCAUGCUCUUCCUCCCCAUGCAGGAGGGAACCAGUCGCACCAACCUCAUUCCUUCCCCAGCUGAGGACACAGAAAGGCAGCAAAGUCCCUGCAGGCACAGGCUGCAUUUUCGGAUCAAGCCAGGAAGACGGAGGGAGGAGACGAGCUUCAGCUCCCUCUGCUCCUCCUGCGUGUGUUACCGCUCAGAGGUUUGUGACGACCCCGUGGUGAACCACAGCAAACACCACGGAGGCCACAUUAACUCAGUUUACUACAACUCAGUCUCCUACAGGAUCGACGGCUGCUCAUCGAGAUCCAGGGACAAUACUGGACUCUCCUCCCCUAGAAGCAAUGAGCACAGCUUCCAGGAGUUCAGUAGUUUCAGGAGGAAGUCGGUGUAAAGGGCAUUAUUGGUUGGGGGGUGGGGGGGGGAUUUGCAAUGACAAAAAGCUGUAUUUAUUUAUUUGUUAGAUUUUUUUUUGCGCAUGACAGAAUUCUGUUUGUUGAAUAAACUGUCCCUUGUAGCUACUGAAACUGAUUUCAUUCAUAAAGCAGGAAUGUCUUUGCUCCUUGUUACUGUAUAAAUAUAUAUAUGUUGUGGAUUAUGCUGUUUUGCUUGCAUGUAGCAAUGCAUGCUAAAAAGAAUGUAAAGCACUCAAUGUGAAUGCAGGAGAGCUACAUUUUAUUUAUUUUUUUUGUCAACUUUAACACAGAUUAAGACUCAAAUCUUUGACUUAAAGACUUUACAUUCUCUGCAAUAACUGAGGAAUCUGUCGGCUUAUAAAAAGAACAAAUGUAGACCAAAUCAGAACAUUUCAAACUUCACUGUUUGUCAUUAGUGACACCCAGAGAAAAUUUCUGAUAAAAAAUAUAAAGAAAUUAUUUCGACACAAUGUGUUGAGAACAAGCCGCAAAAACUCAACGAGGUCAUUCUUUCCUCACAGCUCCACAAGAGACAACAAAUUUCUGAGUUUAUGCAGAAUAUGUAAUGAUGACUUCAAACUCGACUUACACUCGCGGUUCGAGAAUCGAGUCUCAUGUAAUGGAGGUGAACAGUUAACCUGUAGCUCAUUUUAGUAGGUGACUAAUAAUGCUACCUAGUAAAGUUUCAAGUUGUUCUGUUUUGGUUUCCUGCUAAAACUGAUCACCAUUUAGUUUAGUAACUACGACGAUAGUGUAGUUCUGAUGCAAUAGGGUUGUGUUCAAUUAAUUAAUCAGGAAUGUUUGCGGGCCAAGGACCAUUAACGACUCAUAGCUACCAGUUCAUAUCUAAUGUAGCAUCAUAAUAAUGACUGUAUGGAUGUCUCUCAUUUUGAGCUGUGACUGUGGGUUAUUUGAGAAGACACUCAAUUUAAUGUCUUUUUAGAUUGGAAACAGCAUUAAAAUAAAAAUGAGGGGUGGGCAGUUCAGACUCAAAGUUUUAUCACCAUAUUUUGUACAAUUGUGAUUUUUUUUAUCACUAAAAAUGACAAUAGGAACUAUACAUUACUUCAGUUCAACUAAAUAGACUGCAUGUCAGAGCAAUUGCAGAUUCACAAACAUAAAUACUGCUCUUGAAGAACGCCGGUCACAUAAAGGUCACAGUCACUGUGUUUAAUCAUGUUUUCAAUUUGAUUAAUGUUUAUUGAUCUGUACAAUAAGUUUGGUUUUUUUAAGCAUCAAUAAUUCUAAUUUAUCAUCACAACAAUAAAUCAAAAUCCUCACCGUGAUAAGAAAUUCAUCAGAAUGAUAAAUGAUACGAUAAAUUCCCACCUCUAUUGCAAAGAUUUGCACUGCCCUGUUCUUAUUGAAAACACUUCCUUAUUGAUUAAAUCAAAAACUAGUUUUAAUCUCAUUCAUGGAACAAUUUUAUAUUUUAAUUGGGGAGACAUUUUGUGUCUCAUAACAAUGAGUUAUCUCCAUAAUAGUAACUGUGGCUUGUGCCAUGCAUCCAGUGUGAGAACGGUCAGAGGAUUUAGAGACUCAUGACUUGACUUGAACUUGGAAAAAUGACUUGUGAACAUUUCUGCUUUAAUAACACGAAUGGGUAUAUUGUUUACCAGUGAAGAGAUUAAAAAAAAAAAAAAAAAACCCAGAGGGCUCUUGCUUAAAGAAAAGUCUUAAAUUUUCCUGCCAUAGAAAGAUGAUGUCAUAAUUCUAGUUUUAUAUUUAAAAAGCCUUAAAGAAGUUUAACCAAGCACAUCAGAUAAGUGACUAUUUUACUCGAUGAGAAUAAUACAAUAUUUUAUUACCUGGCAUUGGAGUGAGGCGGUGAACACUCCGAUGAAUGAAAAACUUUGUGUUGGUAGUUGAACUAACAUGGAUGUAGCUUGUAACAUAUAUGUAGCAGGUUAUUAAGGUCUGCAGACGUUUUUAUCUUCCAGCGACUGAAGGUGUUGUAGUCCUGACUGAUGUCAUUCUCUUCCAGUGUUGUUUGACUAAACCAAAUGAGCGUACCGUUGAAUGCGUUAUUUUAUUUAGACUCUUUCUUAUUGUACGUUGUUAAAGAAUUAUUAUUAUUAUUAUUUUUUUUUGAAAAUUCUGUAUUCAUUUGUC